CUGAAGAGCAGCCGGGUUUCCUUACAGACGAACACACACACCACGCUCUAUAUCCCCCCAACACACACACAUGCCAGCGCACUCACGCUCAUGCAACCCAAUAACCGGAGCAUCAUCAUCUCAAGCUGCCCGCCGCUGCCGGUGGCAGCCCUCACCGCUUCCCCCUAAACACACGGUGCUCCCGCCGCUUCCCUUCUGCACAAAGGAGACGAGAAGGUGGUUCUAAUUUUUGAGACUGAUAUUUAGUCAGUUGAGCCGCAUAAAUAGGUGCAGUGACUGUUUUCCUGCUGCUGUUGGAAGGAGGAAGAGGAGGAGGAAGCUGCGCGUCUGGAGAGGCUGGAGGAGGAACGCCAUCCUGCGCAGCGCAGAGGGAUCCAUCCGCGACAAGUGAUCGGAGCGUCUCUAUGAACCAGAAGCACGGUGCAAGUUUAGGUCCUGGGUGCCAGGCCCAGUGAUUGAACUCCAGACCGGAGACAAAAGAAGAGGCAGAAACUGGGGCGAUGGGGGUCAGCCUGGGCCAGGAUGUGUGCUGGCUCCUGCCGUUCCUGUUCUUGCUGCUCAUGAUCACAGUGUCAUCCAUCCAAAGCCAAGGAUGCCCCCAGCGUUGUGAGUGCAUUGCCAAGCUUAAGACGGUGUCCUGUAAUGGUAAACGUCUGUCCGCGCUGCCAGAUGGAAUCCCACCUGACUCCAAGAUAUUGGAUCUAGGUGGGAAUAAACUCCGCUGGAUAGAGCGUGGCGAUCUGCUUCCGUAUCCACGUCUGGAAAAGCUGGACCUGAGUGAUAACAUGAUCAGUGUCCUGGAGCCCAGCGCUUUUGCUAGUCUUCAGAACUUGCAGUCACUUUCACUGAGGGGCAACCAGCUGAAGCUGGUCCCCAUGGGGGCUUUCUCACGUCUCUCCAACUUAACUUCACUGGACCUUAGUGCUAAUAAGAUUGUGAUUCUUUUGGAUUUUACUUUCCAAGAUCUGAAGAGUCUGAGGAAUUUGGAGGUUGGAGAUAAUGAUCUGGUUUACAUAUCAAACAAGGCCUUUCUAGGUCUAGUGGGACUGAAGGAGCUGACGAUUGAGAGGUGCAACCUCACUUCAGUGUCCAGCCAGUCUUUGUCUUACCUGCACAACCUCGUAACUCUGCGGCUCCGCUACCUCAGUAUAUUCGCCUUAGAGGACCAGAACUUCCGAAAGCUGGGAAACCUGAGGGGUCUGGAAAUUGAUCACUGGCCCUUUCUGGAGUACAUCUCCCCCCACAGCUUGCAGGGUCUGAACUUGUCCUGGUUGUCCAUCACACACACCAACAUCACCUCUGUCCCCACCUCUGCCCUCCGCAGUCUGACUCACCUCACCUCCCUGAACCUCUCCUACAACCCCAUCUCUGUGCUGGAGUCCUGGGCUCUGCGGGAUCUCAUCAGGCUCAAGGAGCUGCAUCUCGUCAACACUAACCUGGCUGUAGUGCAGGCGUUUGCACUUGGCGGUCUCAGGCAAAUCCGUCUUCUUAAUCUUUCCACUAACAGCCUGGUGACCCUGGAGGAUGGAGCCUUUCAGUCUGUCAACACUCUGGAGACUCUACGUUUGGAUGAAAACCCUCUGGCCUGCGACUGCCGCUUACUCUGGAUCCUUCAGCGCAAGAAGACACUUAACUUUGACAACGCCCCUCCUGUGUGUUUGACUCCUGUUGAAGUUCAAGGACGGGCCCUCAAUGCUUUUACCGACUCGGCUCUUUUCGAUCACUUUACCUGUCAGAAGCCCAAAAUCCACAACAGGAAGCUGCAGCAGAUUUCUGCCCGAGAAGGCCAGGUGGUGUCCUUCAUCUGCAAAGCAGAAGGCGAACCAACCCCUGUGAUUUUCUGGAUUUCUCCACAGCGCCGUCGCAUCACCACAAAGAGUAGCGGCCGACUUACCGUGCUGGCAGAGGGCACACUGGAAAUCCGUUACGCCCAGGUGACAGACAGUGGAACGUACAUCUGCAUAGCCAGCAACGCCGGUGGAAACGACACAUAUUUUGCUACACUGACAGUAAGUGGGCUUCCUCUCGAUGCAGCCCUCAUGGCCAAUCGCACCUAUUAUGUCGGGGACCUUAAUGACACAAAUCUCAAUGACACCAGAGUUUUCUUGAAGUUCACGCUUGACCUGAAAACCAUCCUCAUAUCCACGGCGAUGGGCUGCAUCAUGUUUCUGGGUGUGGUCCUGUUCUGUUUCAUCCUGCUGUUUGUGUGGAGUCGAGGGAGAGGACAGCACAAGAACAACUUCUCUGUGGAGUAUUCGUUCAGAAAGGUGGACGGACCCACGACUAGUGGAGGCCAGGGAGGAGCACGCAAGUUUAACAUGAAAAUGAUCUGAUCGCUCACAACUCCAGGUGGAUUUGAUCGCCUAGUACUGUUUUCAACCGGCCACAAACUAAGACACGACGUUUCCUGUGCUUAGAUAACAUAAAAUUUGAUAUUUUAUAAUAAUUUCUUUCAAUCAAAACAAGAUUUUGUUAUUGAAAUUCUACUGUGUGCAUGCAAACUGGUGUUGCUUUGAAAUAUUUCUACUGGUAUUUGUUGUGUACACAUCAUGGUGCAAUAAAACUGAAUUAAGUAUCAACAUUUUGAAUAGACUGUUAAAGGACCAAUCAACUCAACGUCAUGUCCUCUCUUCAGUUCUCCUCGCCUAGAAAAUACUUCAUGUCUCCAAACUGAUGAAAACAAAACUCCAACUCACUGAUUGCCAAGGACUUGCCAAUUUCCAGUAUCUUUGGGUAAUUUGAUUCAUUUAAUGCAUAUUCAACCUCAUGUACAGUCUUAAAAGCUCUGCUCAAAAAGAUAUAUAACUGAUGGAGUCGAGGUGAAUAAAGCACCGAGGUACCGCUCUCUGCAUCACUGCCAAUUUGACCACGGAGCACCACCUGAUCUACCACAGAGAAGUUACGCAAGCAUGUGAUUCAAUCAAAUAAGCUACAAUGGGAACCAAGUGCAUAACUGUGCGGUGACAGAAUCCCACGGACACAUUUUGUACAAACAUUUUUCAUUGUUCGGUAUGAAUUGUACAGCUGUCUUACCCUCUUGAGCUGAAAAGAAAAGAAAAAACUGUAAAUUUGAAUGCAUGUACAGUCUUUACUUCUUACUCUGAAUAAUUUGUACACAUUUAUAGACUGAACAGCUGUUGAGGUGCAUUUAUCACCAAAGUUGUACAGACAGGAUGUAAACUGUAUAAGAUGUAAUAUUAUAUUUUGUAAUCGUUGACUUUGAAAUCCUUGUUGUUGUUUAUAGUACAUUUAGGUGGAAUUCUACUGUAGUUAAUGUGUAUUCAGUUACAAAUCAGAUUUUAAGAGUGUAACUAUGCCAUAGAUUAAAACGUGGCUGCUCACUCUGGUAGGGAAAUCAUGAAGGACAUUACCGUACAGAAGGUUUCACUUCUGCUGCCUAUUUUUGGCUUUGUGAGCAUCAGAGGGGAGGUUUGCUCAGCAGCAGGUGAAGGACUUCUGUGUGUUCUCAGCAAGCACGUGCAGGAAAAUGUUACUGUACUGAAGACCUUGCACAAAGGUCACUGAAACUAAACCAGGCAGGAAAAGAAGUUCAGACGCACCUGGAAGGUUGAAACAGAGAUGACAAAUGGCUGCGUGCUAACUCUGAGUCCCUUCAGGCAGCUGUUGGAGGAAAAUUGCAAUGAGUCCAAGCAGAACUGGACUUUAAUGGGAAAUAAACAUUUAACUUAGGAUUUGAGUCUGCUGUUUGUAAGCACUGUCUCCUGUGUGACUCUCCAACAGUGUUGCUCUGCUGCCCCCUGUUGGACUAAAACGCCCAAAGCUGUGUCUGAACUCCACCUCAUUUAGACAAGAAAUUUACUCCAUUUCCUCAAGAGAAAUGUUUGGAUUUCAAAGAGAAGCUGACCUAAAUCCAGUAAAACACGAAAAUGAAAAAUUUAUGUUGCUCACCCUGAAAUACCCCAUCGCUUUUCUUCUUCUUUUUUUUUUUUAACUUCACGAGCUGAAGCUGGAUUUAAAAAAGAAUCUCCUCGUCUUGUAUUAUUUCAUAUGUUAUUAAACUGUACAACAAAUUCAUGGACAGAAUCAGUGAUGGUUGAUGAGUUUUGCUGCUGGACUGAUUUAAGCAUCAGAUAAUCGUUCUCUUUGUUUUUGUUGUACUGUUCAGCUUCAAGCUGUUUUGUUUCUUUUCCUAAACUCAUCCUGUAACCAUGGAAACCACUGUGUCUGGAAACUGUAAUACUGUUUUGUAUUGUAUUGUUUAAAAAAAUGAAGAACACAG